AACAUGGGAAAGUGGGAAUUUGCCCAUACUGCCCGUCAUAAAUGCGCAACUUGAAAAUCGCAUUUUAGAACCAGAACGAAGGAUUACCCAUAUUAAAUUGGUAAAUCACGCGGAGUCGAUAUUCCGAUUUUCCAUCGAGUUCUCCCUCCAGGGCUUUCGAUUAUUUCUUUUAAUUUUCCUCCCCCGCCUACAUGACCAUCACCAUCCUCGAUGGUGGGAUGGCCACUACAUUAGAACGAACUUUUCACAAAGAUUUAUCCGGGUAUCUUUGGUCAGCUGCUUGCCUAAAAGAUUGCCCAGCAGCCAUCAAGGCAGUACACACCGCUCAUUUGGAUGCUGGUGCAGAAAUCAUCACCACGUGCACCUAUCAAGCUUCCUUCGAAGGUUUCCGACGGGCUGGAUAUACUGACAACGAGGCGGUGGAGUUGAUGCUGAGAGGCGUGGAAUUGGCCGACGAAGCAAGAAAAGAGUAUCAAGAAAACACCGGGAAAUCCAUCAAGGUAGCGUUGUCGCUUGGAUGUUACGGCGCUAUUCUUGCCAACGGCGCAGAGUAUUCUGGUGAUUAUGGUGACAUCUCUUUACAAUCGCUGGUGGAUUUCCAUAGACGUCGCUUGGAUGUAUUUUUUAAUGACGGUAUCCCAUACCGCGGCAUCGACUUCAUUUUAUUUGAAACUGUGCCGUCUUAUUUGGAAGCCCAAGCCAUCCAUCAGUUGCUGCGCGAAACGCCUUAUACCGUCCCAAGCAUGGUCUCGUUCUCAUGUAAUUCUUUACAUACGGUGUGCCACGGUGAACCCAUUGCUCAAUGCGUGGCGUUGUUUAACGACCUGAAUCAUGUUAGCGCGGUGGGAGUCAAUUGCACCAAACCAAGAUUUAUUACUUCACUGUUACAGGACAUUCACGGUGCAACUCAGAACAAAACGCUGCUAGUGUAUCCUGAUGGAGGUGAAGAGUGGGAUGCUGAAGCUCGUGCUUGGAAAGUUGAGACGAAAAUGGAUGCACAACAAUUUGGAUCCAUGUUCAAGUCUUGGAUUAAACAAUUCGGUUCAGAUUUCAUCAUUGGCGGUUGUUGUGGCACUACAGCCCACCAUAUUAGCUCAAUUAGCCAUCUUGUUGACCAAUAGACGCAUGUACGUAGGUAAUGUGAAAAACAAGCAAAUAAAAAGUCAGGUUUCUUUUUGGAUAUAGGGGUUUAUCCUCCGAGAUUGGGCAUUGUUUUCCUCUACCGGCGCACAUUUACAUCUUGUCCUGGGGAUCCAAGUAAUUGAUUCAACUGAAACAAUAGGAUGGAUCCGGCACUGGAUACGUUUAAAGAUUCGACAUUGGAUGCCAUGGGUAUGGAUACCCUUAGAACAUUA